AGCGUAUCCACCAGCUUUCCUCCCAGCAAAGCCAGCUUGGGCUGCUUGCUGGCGUUUGCGCUGCCGCUUCUCCCACACACAACAACACAAACAUACGACGACCACCACCACACACCCCUUCUUCCCUCUCCCUCUUCAGCACGUCAGCGCUUCGUUUCAGGGCUGCUGCCGCUGCUGCUGUUCUUGGUGCUGUUCAACCAAGACAGGCAGAGAGAGCCGCAAGGAGAGAGUGCGCGCACACUCUUUCCCUUUGCUCCCUUGAGCGUGCGUGUGAAGGACACCGUGUGUGCGUGUGUCCUGCGCUGAAGCUCAAACACAAACGCUGAGACACAAAAGCAACAGAGAGGAUACACGCAGUGAAGACGAUGAUGGGGCUGCAAGGGAGGCCUGAGCCUCCCUCCUCAGCGGCACGAUGCACAGUGUGGUGGUGGCUGGGUGCCACCCUGCUCACCUCGCUAGUGCUGAUGCCAGCAAGCGGUGCACACGGCACCAUUGUUAUCCAAGGCCCCGCCGUGCAGACACUGGAGGGCGGCUCCGCAUACAGAGACGCUGCCCUGUGCAACCACGACCCCGUGAAGAAACCCUUCUGUGCCUACAAACAAGGCGGCCGAUCUGAUGGCCAGGACAUCACCAUCACCGGCCUCCCGCUCCAGUGCAGCACAACCACCGGCGCGUGCACCGUCACCGCGCCAACGGCGCAGUGCUUCACAGACGCAGACUGCCAAACCACGUCCCUGCUGGUCGAUGGUGUUCCAGCCACAAACCCGGACGAGCCAGCCGCCAUCGUCUACAACAUGGGCCGCUACGUCAUCACCUUCAAGGUCAACGGUAACAGCGAAUCCUGCACGUACGAGAACCCAGGCACCAAGGAGCCCGGGCAGCCCGACUGCACGCGCAUCCUCUACGUCCGCGACAGAACCCCGCCGGUCAUCACCCUGAUCGGCGACAAGACCGUUGUCCUGCAAGGUGGCGAGGAGUUCUCCGACCCGGGCGCCACCGGCCAUGACGUCGUUGACGGCGCCAUGGACUACAUUGCCGACCCGCCCUGCCCCGUGGAGCGGGACGGUGACGGCAACAUUGUCAAGUUUAUCGGCUCCCCCGGCCAAAUCUGCCGCUUUGUCACCACCGCGGACCUUGUCAUUGACAACAAGGAAAUCAAGAACCAGACCAUCUACUACAUUGCCCUGGACACCACCCUCAACUACCGCCAGGUGGAGCGCACCAUCGUGCUGGAAGACACCAUCCCGCCCGUCAUGACCCUGUGCGGGCCGCACGACGUGGUUGGCGACUCCUCGCACGAGGCCGGCCAGGAGUACAUCGACGCCUGGUGCACCCCAAAGGACAACCCCUGCCUCAUGCCAAAGGACCGCCAGCUCACCAUGCAGGAGUGUGAGGCAAAGUCGCAGUGCAUGUGGAUUGCCGGCGCAUCGCUGGACGUGGACGGCUUCUGCCACCUCAAGACGAGCCCUUGCUUUGGCAUCCGCGACGAGAACGACUGCAACGCAGACUCGGACUGCACCUGGUGCCCGCGCGGCGUCACCGCGUUUGACAUUGUCGACGCCAACCCAACAGACGCCAUCAAGGUCAACAACCCGGUUGACUCGCAGUCCCUCGGCAUCUACACCAUCACCUACACGCUCGCUGACGAGAACGGCAACGUGGCCACCCCGGUCACCCGCCGCGUGCGCGUGCGCGACACCACCGCGCCCGCCAUCACCCUCCUCGGAGACAGCGAGGUGGAGGUGGAGGGCGCCACCUUCUACUUUGAGCGCUUCGCCACGGCCUCCGACUCCUUUGAAGGCGACAUCACAAACCGCAUCCUGCUCAAGGUGGACCGCCUGGGCAACCUCGACUGCACAAAGUCGCGCGGCUGCGGCGACCCCAACUUUGUGGACCCGUACGCCCCUGCCGGCACAUCCUUCCUCCUCACAUACUCCGUGGCAGACUCAAGCGGCAACUCAGACUCCAUGACCAGCCGCGCCACGCGCGAGGUGACCAUCAUCGACACCACCGCGCCCGUACUGCAGCUGCUGGGGCCAAACCCGCUCAACGUCGAAGGCGCCACCGUCUACACGGAGCCGGGGGCCACAGCCACGGACACGCUGGAUGACGACGACACGCUCUCGCAGUCGAUCAUCAUUGGCGGCGACCGCGUCGACACCAACGCCCCGGCCUUCUCCUCCUUCAACAUCUCCUACGAUGUCAACGACGCAGCCGGCAACCCCGCGCGCUCGCUCUUCCGCGAGGUGGUGGUGGUCGACUCCACCCCGCCCGAAAUCUCGCUCGUGGGCGACGCCAGCAUCGUUGUGGACGCCGCACGCGACUACACGGACAAGAACGUCACCGCGGAGGACUCGCUGGACGGGCCCUACCAGUUUCUGCCGCGCUUCGCCAGCCGCAUCCGCAAAGUGGUGCGCAGGCUGGACGUCAGCUGCAGCGACACGGAGUACGAGACGGCGCCACAGUCGGCUCUUGUCGCUCGCUCCUGCGCCCCGCUCACCACGUGCACCGCCGGCCAGUUUGAGAGCCUUGCGCCCACGCCAACCUCCAACCGCCAGUGCCAGGGCACGCGCGCGCCGUGUGCACUUGGCCAGGACUACGAGAUUCGCGCGCCCACGCCCACGUCCGACCGCGUGUGCGAGGACUGCAGCGGGGCUCGCCAGCAGCUGGCGCCACGCUCCCUCUACUCCAUCAUCAACCGCACAGACUGCUUUGACGUGAACCCGCCCAACCUCGUUGUCAACGUGACAUGGCCUUCCAUGCCCGAACAAGACGACCAACAGUCAUCAGCCGCCAGCAACGACAACAGCGACAACGGCACCACCACAACCACCAUGAGCCCCAACACCACGCCACCGUUUGCCCACACCAAGGAGGUCAAUGGCGUCGUGGUCACCACCAUCUUCGUCAACGAUACAGUUGCUUGGUACUUUGACCCGUAUCUGGUGGACAUUGUUGCGCUGAACGGCUACUUCAACUCCAGCACGGUGUUCAACCGCUCAGACUACCUGCCACCAACACUGCCGCCACCGACCACGGCCGCCAUGCAAAACCUCACCUCCACCUCCACCUCCACCACCACUGCUGCGACGACGACCACGAGCACCACAGCCGAUGCCAACGCCACGACCACUGCCGCACCCGUGAUCACCCCGCCGCCUCGCAACAUCACCAUCGAGCGCUUCGCCGUCGUGUUCACGGAGGCCGGCGAGUAUGAGUACACGUCCACGCUCAACAGCUCCCUGCGCGGCGUUGUGCGGGUGAUUGACCUGCCUGUCUUUGACAGCUGCGACCUGGAGGCCAGCCCGCUGUUCAACCCGAACGACACGGCCCGCGUCGUGCCGCUCAGGCAGGAGAUUGCCGAGCUGGAGGCCUACGCGCACCUGUUUGCAGACGUGUCCCUUCCCUCCAUUGACGAGGACUACACGGGCCUGUGCCAGCGCAUGAGCACCGUGUUCCUGCGCGACGUGCUGUUUGACUACGCCUUCCCGCCCGGCAGCGGCGCGCGUGCAGGGCAGCUGCAGCAGCUGCCGGCCAGCCUGCUGAUUGAGGCCAUUGACGAAGACCUGGGCAGGCUGGAGGCGCGCGCCGACGCAAACGCCGCCUGGCGCCGCGUUGUUGCCCCGCAGGUGCUCGCCGUGGGCGAGAACUCGCUCGUGCGCUUCAUCCCAUCGCCAAACCUGUACGGCCGCGCCACGUUCUCCUGGCGCAUGGUGGACGGCAGCCGCGAGGCCGACGACUUUCUCGGCACGGGCCAGGUGCAGAUCCUGCCCGUCAACGACUCGCCCACCAUCACGGGCAGCGCGGCCGUCAACUUUGUUGACGAAGACACGCCCGUGGACGACAUCAACCCAACGCGUGUCGAGGACCUCAUGGCCUCGGCCAUGGACAACGACCGCAUCACGGACGCAAACGUCACUAUUGGUGCCGCCGUUGUGGCCGUCGACAACCGAUUUGGCACCUGGCAGUUUGCCUGCCCGCCGCCAAACGUCAACGGCGGCAACAACAACCUGCAGUUCCAGGCGUUCCGUGGCGGUGUUGCGCCGGACACGACCGUGCACACGCUGCCUGCGCCCACGGUGGCCACGCUGCUCGGCCCAGAGUGCUUUUUGCGCUUUGUGCCGGAGACCAACUUCAACACGGAGUUUGACCUGACGGGCGAGCCGCGCCCGGCCUCGGACACGCCCACCAUCCAGGUGCGCGCGUGGGAUCAGACGGGCGAGCGCAUGUCCCAGCUACACGAGGGCGUGGACACCACGCAGGGCCCCGGCACACGCGGCAGCCCCUUCAGCGCCAACAUCGCCACCGCAGGCGUCACCGUGUACCGCACAGAUGACCCGCCCAACAUCAUCAUCGCCCCUGGCGGCGCAGAGUACACGGCCACGUUUGCGCCGGGCUCCCUCACCCCCGUGGGCUUUGUGGACGACGACGCCCUUGCGCUGGAGACGCCCGAUGGCCCGCUGCUGUCCGAAAUUCGCAUCCGCAUCAGCAACGUGCAGGACGGCGGCGCCGAGGAGCUGCUGUACGAGACGACUGACACGGGCCUGGAGGUGACAGUUGAGCGCCCGCCCAACACCAUCCUCGCCUUUAUCCGCCUGGCCAACCGCGCGGAGUCGCGGCGUGACCAGCGCUUCUUCUUUGCCGUGCUCAGCUCCAUGCGCUACAUCCACCGCAACGUCAACGCCACCCGUGGCGAGCGCGUCGUCUCCGUGCAGGGCGUGCUUGGCCGCGUGCCGGGUGAGCCCGCCUUUGCCACCAUCUCUGUCAACGCCGCCAACAACCCGCCCCUGCUAGACCUCAACCCGGCCCUGCGCGGCCACGACACCUUUGUUGUGUACGCAUCCGACGGCACGCCGUCCACGCUCGCCCCUGCUGCGUCGCUCAUUGACGAGGACAGCGACCCCAUCACCGAGGUCACCAUCACCAUUGAGGGCGGCUUCCUCCCGCGCGAGGAGCUCCUGCUGCCCACAAACAUGACCGGCGGGUACGUCGUCACCACCAGCGAAGAGGACGGCAGCAUCACCAUCCGCCCAGCCCCGGGCGUGGACGCGGGCGCGCUUGAUGCAGACAAGCUGGGAAGCCUGCUGCGCCAACUCGAGUACGUGUACCCGGCGCCACUGCCGCCGCCGCCGCCCGCCACCACGACGAUGCCCGCUGCCAACGCCACCACAACCGUGCCCAACAACGCAACCGUGACCAGCACCGUUGCGGCGAACAUGACGACGACAUCAACCACCACCACGACCACAACAACAACAACGACCACAACCACAACCACAACCACGCCCAUGCCCAUGCUCAUGACCACGCGGCGCGUUGUGCUCACCGUGUCGGACGGGCGCGACAGCACGUCCUCGCGCGUGCACAUCUCGCCCAGCAUGGCCGAGUCCCCGCCCUACCUCGACCUGAACGGCGAGCGGCCGGGCGUGGACACCGCCGUCACCUAUUCCGAGAGCCAGGGCCUGCUUGCCCUGGCAGACUCUCCAUUUGUGCUUGUGCCCGGCGGCCAGCCGCUCGCGGAGGUGCGCGUGCGCAUCGCCUCGAGCCCAGACUGCCUCAACGAGCGCCUGGUGCUGCCGGACGAGAUUGCAAAUUCGCACUCGUUCAACUUUGCCAACUUUGACGUGUCCACGGGCAAGCUCGUGUUCCGCGGCAGUGCCACAACGGGCACGUGGGCAAACGCCAUCUCCUCGGUUGCCUUCGUCUCGGACGCAGCCACCCUCUCUGGCACGUCGCGCACCGUCGUGUUUGAGAUUGUGACGGAUACGGGCGUGGUGUCCAACCCGGCGCGGGUGAUCAUCUCGCUCACGGCGUCCAACGACGCGCCCGUGCUCAACCCCUUUGGCGGCCCGCUCUCGCUGUCCGUGACGCAGGACGUCUCCGACUGGGACAACGCUGGCUGGCCCGUGCGUUCGCUGAUUGACGAGGCGCAGCCGCUGUCGUACCGCUCGCGCGCCGAGCUGCUGUCCUGCGGCACCGCCGGAUGCACGCACGCCGCGGCGCAGGGCCAGUGUGCCGCCAAGGGCCUGCAGCUGUGCACGCACGCACAGGUGUGGCAGGCGUGGCCCAACUUCCCCCACCCGAACGCAGACGGCACCGGUGGCAACGAGGGCGGCGACGACGUGGUCGCCUGGCUCUCCACGCCGCAGAACGGCACGCAGAACCUCCCCUCCCUCUCUGCGCGCAGCAUGCAAGUGGGCAACGUGCUGCUGGAGGAUGCCUCAGCGCUGGACUCUGAGCACGCGCAGGUGCUGCACCUGUACCCGAACGCCGACGAGCCCCGCUUUGCCUUUGCCCUCAAGCGCGACAGCCGGCUCGGCCUCCCCCUGUGGGCGGCCUGCUGCGAGCUGCCAGAGAGCGAAGCGCCGGGCACCGCCGGCCUUGAGGCCGUGGCCGUGUUCCGCACGGCGGGCGUGACGGGCCGCGUCACCUUCCGUCAGCGCGCCCCGGGCGCCACCACGCACGUGCACUUCAACCUGCGCGGCGUCGGGCGGCAGCUGCGCGAGUACAGCAUCUACGCCGGCCAGACGGCCGCGCCCACCUCUGCGGACCGCUGCGACACGGUCGGCUCCAUCUUUGACCCGCUCAACCUGGGCCGGUGCGAGCAAGGGGAGGACGACGCGGCAUCCUGUGCCAUUGGCGACCUGUCCCGCCGCGUGGGCCAGUUUGCUUCGGACCAGUCGUACUUUGACCGCUACGUCACGGACGCCAACUUGCCGCUCUUUGGCGACAACAGCAUCAUCGGGCGCUCGUUUGCCGUGCUGCGCAACGGCCGCCCCAGCGUGUGCGUGCCCAUUGUGGUGAGUCGGCCGUCGCGCCAGACAUAUGCCACGGUUGAGAUGGACGACGAGGUGCGCGGGUCCGUGGCCAUGCAGCAGUUUGCCUCGCAGGACGGCACCCUCACCCAGACGCUGGUGACCACCAACCUGCGCCUGGUCAACCCGCCCUCGCUCGCGCCGCAGAUUGUGGACUGGAGCCUGGUGUCCAGUGCGGACGGCACGUGCGCGGCCGCCACGCCGCUGUUUGAUGUUCCGCUCCGCGUGCGCCAGCCCAUGUUCACCUCCACCGCCCAGGUGUGGGCGCCCACCACCAGCGCGUGGGUGCAGCCGCUCGAGGCGCAGGCAAACCAGGGCAACGCCUCCCUCCCCGUGGCGUGGUCCACACUCGCCCUCGACCUUGAGCAAGACUCGCUGUGCCUGGAUGCCAUGGCCCAGCUCAACCCGCUCGUGCUGGCAGGCAGCGACGGCGACGCGGGGAGCGCCAUGCCACGCCUGUGCGUGUACGUGGACGCGGACGCCAGCGCUUCAGCGUCAACGAGCGCUGGCACGUGCGAUGCCGUGUGGGGCCAAGCAGGAGCGCGCCUGCGUGCUGCGUGGUGCCAGCCACCGACGUGCACGGCGGAUGGGUGGUGCAGUGUGCGGGACGCAUGCGUGUCGGCGUCGACUGCGUUUGGCAUUGCCACACCGGGUGCUGGUACGUCCGGGAGCGCAGCUGAGGAGGCCAGCGACGCAGCCAAGGUGGCGGCGUUUAUGUCUGCCGCCGUUGCUCUGCACCCGGGCACCGCCGCCGCCACAACGGCACACGAGCGCACCAGCCUGUACACGGCGCGCCGCACCAUUGCCAACACCAGCACGCUGUGUGCUGGGUUCGUGCCUGGGGCGGAAGCGUGCCCCGCCAACGCGGAUGCGUGCGAGGCCGGCGACUGGACGGCCCGCUACGGGCGCCUCACCCUGCAGCCCAUCAACACGCGCUUCAUGUCCGCGCGCAACCUGCCGUUGCUGUCGAGCAACGACGUGUCCUCUGUGCUGCCGCCCCCCGCCUUUGCCUCCACAACGCCGUCCAAGGCCUCGCUGCGCGUGCAGCGGCCAGACGGCACGUACUCGUGCGCGCCCGUGAAGGAGCAGGUGAAGCCGCGCGAGGUGAUUGCCCGCGUCGACAUCAACGGCAUUCAGGGCUUUGUCACCUUCUAUCAGGCGUCCCCAGACGCGGCCACGCAGGUGAAGGUGGAGCUGCGCGGCACGGGCCUGGCCCAGGACAACAGCCUCAUCGGCGCAAAGAUGACCAUCACCAGCAACGCCGUGAACCUGCAGGGCCUGUCCAUGUCGGAGGUGUGCAGCGAUCUCGGCGAUUUGUUCCACCCGGACAACACCACCCUCACUGGCACGUGCAGCGCAGGCAACCUGGCCUCCUGCAGCGUGGGCGACCUGGCUGGGAAGCAUGGCGCGUUGCCCAACCAGCCGCCCUACGAACAAUACUUUGAGGACAACGACCUGCCCCUGUUUGGCAAGCGCAGUAUUGUGGGUCGCUCCAUUCGCCUGAUGCAAGGCUCCACGCUGCUUGCGUGUGCGCCCAUCCUGUACGUGGACCCCGUGCGCGUUGCACGUGCCACGCUGCACUCGCCCGUGCACGGGUACGUGACGGCGUUUCAGCUGCGCGACGAGGCCGACAAGACGCUGGGUGAUGCCAGCGGCACCCACGCUGCAGAGACCAUCUUCAUCGUGGACGUGGCGCGCUCCGAUGUCAACGCGACGCAGGGCGCCCUGGACGUCGACUGGGCCGUGCGCGAGUACGACAACGCGUGCACGUGCCAGCGGCUUGGCCCCGCCCUUGCGCUGACCACGACCGGUGAGGCCGUGGGCGACCUGUCUUCGGAGGUGGGCGGCGUGCGCAUCCCAGGCAGCGGCCAGGCCAGCGCCCGCCAGGUGUUUGCCUCCACGCGCCUGUCGCUGUCCAUGCUCUUGAACCAGUCGGUGUACUUCUCCAACGACGCGUGCGCGGUGUUCCGCGAGGUGCUGCCUGUUGAGCUGGUGGCCUCGUUUGACCGCGAAGAUGUGCACGGCCACGUCACGCUGCGCCAGGACCACAUGCUGGCGCUGACGCAGGUGACGGUGACGCUGGCUGGGCUGGAGGACCGCGGCAACGGCAUUCGCGUGGAGGACCGGCGCCUGCUGCAGACACUUGACGACGAGGGCACCCCGCAGCUCGACUGCAACAGCGGCUCCACCAUCUUUGAUCCCCUGAAAAUUGGCCGCCUGUGCGACAACCGCCUGUUUGCCUCCUCAUCAGACGUGUGCGCGCCCGGUGACCUGAGCGGCCGGCACGGCGGCGUGGACCGCCUGCCAUCUGCCCGCAACGUCUUUGACGACUACUACCUGAACCUGUACGGCCCCAGCUCGCUGGCGUCGCGCGGGCUGGUCAUCACGGGCUCCACUGUGCUGCAGCAGCUGCGCAACCGCCCCUGGAUCUGCGCCAACCUCGACGCAACGGAGCCCGCCGCCGCAACGCAGGCCGCUGCCGUCUUCUCCCCGGCGCAGCCAGAGCAGGCGCGCCUGCACGCCGCACACCAGCGGCCCGGCGACGUCGCGGACGGCAUUGACGGGCAGGGCGACGGCCGCGGCAUUCUGUCUGGCUGGCUGCACUUUUCCAAGCCCACGACCGCCGCCACCGCCGUAGACGACGACGACAGCGCCAGCCCGCCCACGCUCGUGUCCUCGUACCUGCAGCUGAGCGGCAGCGCGUGGAGCGUGGUUGACUGGUACGUGAGUGCCUCGGAGACGUGCGACGAUGCCAUUGCCGCGGCUGGCGGCAGCACGCGCGAGGACGUGUUCAACCCGCACGGCGUGGCAACCACAAACACCUCUGGGUACGAUGACGACUGCGGCACAGGCCGCAACCAGCUGCGGUGCGCAGCGGGCGACCUUGCCAACAAGCUUGGCACGGACGGCCUCGCUGCGUCGUCCUCACCAUCCUUUGGUCGCGCUGACGUGAGCACGCAGCUGACGGGCGCGGCCACCAUCAUCGGGCGGCCGCUUGUGGUUGUGGCGCAGCACGGGACGACCCAGCAGAAGGAGGCGCUGUGCACCGUGGUGCGGUCGUACGGCGGCCCCAAGGUGAGCGACAUUGACACGCCCCGCGAGCGGCUGGGCAUUGCCGUUGUGGCGACGACCAGCGACCACGGCACGUGGCAGCUCUACCGCAACGAGGCGCAGGGGUGGGUGGAUCUGCCGGAGGUGGCCUUCACCAACGCCCUGCACCUGCGUGCGUCGGACACGAACCGGCUGCGCUUCCGCCCCGAGACGCACUUUAGCGGCGACGAGGCGUGCGGCGUGUGCCCGACGCCGCGCCGCAAGAGCUGCGUGCCCUGCGCGCUCAACAGGACGGUGGGCAGCCUGACCUUCUACGGGUGGGACGGCAGCAACGUGGUGGCGGACGGGGUGCGCUUCUCGCUCGCGCUGGCCGGUUCGUCGAGCUCCUACAGCAACCAGUCCAGCACGGUGCUGGUGCAGGUGCAGGACGCCAAGGUGAACGAGACGGCGCCGCACGGCACGUCCUACGAGGUGCUGUUUGAUGUGCAGGACAACGUGGGCAACCAGGCUGAGACGGUGACGCGCAUGAUCCGCGUGGAGGACAGCACGGACCCCGUCAUCACGCUUCGCGGCGACGCCAUGCUGAAGCACGAGGCUGCCACGCCAUAUGUUGACGACGGCGCGACGGCCUUUGAUGCCCACGACCUUUGGGUGAGCAACAACGUGUUUGUGGAAGGCAUUGACGGUGACGUGCCGGCGUACCCGACGCCGCCCGCGGCCAUCUCCGUGCUGUCAUGCGACCGGGAGAACGACCCCCGCCUGGCCCUGCCCACGUACCAGGACGAGUACGGCCCGCUGUACACGUGCUCGCUGCCGCAGGACAUGGCGCAGGAGCCGUUCUUCUGCGUGGAGCGCAGCGAGCCUGCGGCCACCGACCCGCUUCUCCAGCGCAACGGCGGCGGCAUUCGCCUGCAGGGCAGUGGCCGCGUCAACGGCUACACCAUGCCGUGCACGCUGACGGGCAGCCGCCUCACGUGCUUCUCCAGCGACACGGCCGCCCAGAACCUGCAGUACCCAGGCACGGCCACGGAGCGGCACCUGGCCUGCGCUGCGCGCGUGCGCACGCCGCUGUGCCAGUACCACGACUACAUCCUUGCCACGCGCCACCGCUAUCCCGUGAGCGGGGAGGUGGACGUGUACGCGCCGGACGGCAGCACGUUCACGCUCAACUACACGGUGGCGGAUGCUGCAGGCAACUCGCACCUGGUGCAGCGGCAGGUGGAGAUUGAGGACACGCGGCCGCCCGUGCUGCGCCCCUUCAACCAGGGCAACACGCUCGAGUUUGUCCGAGAGAACGGCGUGGCGGCGGAGCCGUACAACCCGCACGACUUUGCGUGCGCGUCGACCAUCGCCAGCCGCUUCACGGAGGCCAACGCCAGCAUGAUCCACUGCGUGUCUGCGCUUGACACGCUGGAGGGGGACCUGAGCUGCGACGUGACGACGUCCGUGUACGUGUUUGGCCCCGGCAGCGGCAUGCAGGAGCAGCUGACACGCUUCCGCCGCGCAGCAGAGGUGCACAGCAGCGAGGAGCUGUUUGUGCAGGUGAGCGCGUCCUGCGUCAACUGGAACUCGUUUAUCGAGCUGCCCUUCAACACGUCAUCGACGCCGACCGACCCCAUCUGCUUUGAUGCGAUGGGCACGCUGGACCUGGUCAACGCAACAGCGCCGCUCAACACAUCGUACCUCAUCACGUACACGGUGCAGGACCACUCGCGCCAGCAGCACCGCGUGAGCACGCAGCGGCUGCUGACGCUGGUGGACGAGCGGCCGCCGCAGGUGCGCAUCCUGAGCGACCCCGUGCUGUUUGUGGACUACCUGACCAACUUCACGGACGCCAUGGCCAAGCAAGGGCUGGCCGUGUUUGACGAGCACGAUGGCGAGAUCACCACGGCCAUCCAGGUGGAGUCUAAUGUGAACACGGCCGUGCCGGGCAACUACACCGUCUCGUACACAGCACAGGACCUGUCUGGCAACCGCGGCGUGACGGCGACGCGCAUUGUGGUGGUGCGGCCGCCGGCGGAGGUGCAGCUCAUGCGCAACCAGAGCACCGUCUCGUACGGCCUCACGCUCCGGUACAUGCGCCCCUCCGUGUUCAACACGUUUGACGGCCACACCACGUUCCGCUGGGCGCUGUGGUACUCUGUGCGCAACUUCAGCGACGCCUUCUCCGACCUGCGGCGCAGCGACAUUGUGCGCCUGGACGCGCGCGGUGUUUCCACGCCCGCUCCCCGCGCCCGCCGCGACGUGACGGCAGAGCCCGAGAACACGGCCGUGUCGUUCUCGCUGGCCACCCCGUGCGACCGCGCGGAGGAGCUGGCGCAGGUGCUUGGCCUCGUGGUGCGACAGGGGGUGCUGCUGUCCAACCUCAGCGUGGCGGCGCCGCUCACGUACGACAACGUGUUCCCGAGCGUGACGGGCCAGCCUGCGCUGGGCCUGGGCAUGUGCCCCGUGGUGACAACAACCACCACGACGACGACAACCACGACGACGACCACGGACAACUCGACGACGGUGGACCCGACGCUCAACAGCUCGUCGGGCGGCUCCAACGACGCGGUCAUCAUCGUGGCUAUUGUCAUCCCCGUGCUGCUGCUCAUCAUCGCGCUGGUUGUGUUUGUGUACCGCGCGACAAAGCCGAAGAACCGCCUGGACGCGCUGCUGCAGUACCAGGAGGCGCACGAGCUGUCCCACUACGGUGGCGUGCCUGGCGGCCCCGCCGGCGACAAGGGCCAGACGAUGGUGCGUGUCGGCAAGUACAACGUGGAGGUUGACACCAGCCCGCAGCUGCAGAACGAGGACGUGUAUGCGUUCCACACGCCCAAGAACAUGACGCCCGGGCAGGCCAAGGCACAGGCGACGGCGAAGAAGGCGCCGCCGCCGCCGCCAGAGGACAUUUACGAGGACGUGGACCACAAGAAGUCCACGCUGCGGCGGCCAGGGGAUGCGCUGCAGCCCAGCACUGUGUUUAUCGAGAGCGCGCCGGAGACGUACGAGGCGUUUGACUCGAGCAACCCGGCAUUCUCCAGCGACGCUUCGCUGCGGCCCACAGGCUUCCAGCACACGGAUGACGACAUCUACGAUGGCGUGGACGGCGGCAACAUGGGCUUCAGCUCGCACGACAAGUCGUCCAGGACGGGCGACCUGGCCAAGGUCACGGAGGAACUGUACGAGGUGCAAGGAAAGGGGGCGACGCUGCGCAAGAAGCCGCCUGCCCCACCGACGGUACCGACUCCCGUGGCACCAGCGCCCCUGGCACCGACAAGUUUCCAGCCCACGGAGGACGAUAUCUACGAUGGCGUGGAUGUUGCUGCUCCAGCUGGCUUCAGCUCGCAUGACAAGUCUUCUCGCACGGGUGAUUUGGCCAAGGUGACGGAAGAGCUGUAUGAGGUGCAGGGCAAAGCGUCCACACUUCGCAAGAAGCCACCGGCACCUGCGCCACGAGCGGCGUACCUGUUUCAGUAG